UUUGUCACAGUAUUGUCUGCAGAAACUGAAGAACCUUCUACCAGUUUGUCCUUACAAAGUCAAGAUAAAGUACACAGCUUUAUGUCUGUCCAGGUUUCUGCAUUAUCUGCUGAAAUUGAGACACAUGUGGCAGAGGAUUCUGUGGAUAAUAUUCAGAUUGAUCAUGAAUGUAAAAUUACACCACCAGACCUUUUGCCAUUUGACUCUGAACAACCUACACAUUUAUAUACACAUAAUUCCGAAUCUUCAUCUGAACAAGUUAUAUUUAUCUCUCAACCACCUCCUGAACUUUUGCCUUAUGAUUCUGAGCAGCCUGCAAACCCUUUCCAGAAUAUUUCUGACUAUUCUUCUGAACAGGAUUCUUCAGUCUUUCACACACCUCCUGAGCUAUUGCCUUAUGAUUCUGACCAGACUACUAUGCAUGUUUUUAAGCCAGAAUCUUGUGAAGGGAAUCUAUCUUUAAGCAAUGCAAACGAUCCACCAGAAGAGACUUCUGCUGCGUUUGCUGCAUCUGAAAAUCAAUUUGUUAGUCAGCUUUCUGUAUCCAGUGUUUGCACAGAAACAAUUAAAGUACAUCUUUGUUCUGCUGAAGAAAAUGAUAUCUCUAUAAUUUCAACAAAAGAAUUGGAUUGUGUUGAAUAUGAAACAUCUAGAGCUCCCAUUAUGACUCAUGCUUCAGACUUAAACAAUUCAGAAAUGUUAGUUGAGCAGCCAGCCUCUACAAUUCUUGAUGCUGAAUUUGGACAGGAGCUAGCAUCUUCCCAAUCUUCUUGCGAUGAAACAAAAUGUAUGCUUGAACAGCCAAUUUUGUCUGAAAUAACUACCCCACAUGCUUUAAGCCAAGGAGAGCAUUCAUUGUUAUUAGCAGAAGAUUCUGUUGUGCAUUCGCUGUUAACAGAGGAUGCUUUGAAAUCAGCACCUCCUAUUGCAACUGCAGAAGAAGAGCAAAUAUCUUUAAUUUUGGAUACAUGUGACACUUCAGUGGUGCAGUCCUGUUCUGAUAACAUUGAAUUGGUGAACGUUUCUGAACAGGAAAAGUUAUCAGUGACACAAUCACCUAUUGUUAAAGUCUCUAACAAGCGUUCCCGUUCCAAGUCUUUGUUAAAAACUGAUAUUUUAAAUUCUCUUUCCACAUCCACAAAACGUGAUUCACCUUCAAAACGUGCAAGCAGGUCUGCACGCUCACAUUCACGAUCAAAGGACAGAAAGAAAUCAAGAUCAAAAUCUACCACAAGAAAAAAACGGUCACGCUCAAAGUCGGUGACACGUGUGAAGAAAUCUCGUUCUAAGUCUGUGGUAAAAACUAGAAAAUCGAGGUCAAAAUCUGCUACUAGAAGGAAAAAAUCACGUUCAGUUUCUGAUGCAAGAUUUCAGAGAUCUCGUUCUAGGUCUGUAUCUAGGAAGAGACGUUCUCGAUCAACAUCUGUAGCCCACAAGAGAUCUUCUCGCUCUCCAUCUGCAGCUCAUAGGAGGAGGUCCCGAUCGUCUCGUAGAAAGCGAUCCCACUCUACAUCUGUAGACCCUAAAAGGUCUCACUCGCAUUCCAUAGCUCGUAGGAGGCGCUCUCGCUCACUUUCUUUAGCCCGUAGGAGACGCUCUCGUUCCCACUCUCCAGUUAGGAGGAGAAGGUCUCACUCUUCCUCUGUUCACCGCAGAAAACGCUCACGAUCAUCUUCAGUGGCUCGCAGGAGACGUUCACGAUCUUCCUCCAUUACUCGCAGGAGACGUUCACGAUCAUCAUCUGUAUCUCGGCGAAGGCAUUCACCUUUGCAAGCUGUAACACGCCGAAGGAGAUCUCCAUCAUUAGGUCGACGGAGACGUUCUCGCUCACCUUCAUUGUCACACAGAAGACGUUCCCGCUCUGUUUCUCACAGAAGACGUUCUCGCUCAGCUUCUGCUUCUCACAGAAGACACUCUCCAUCUGCAACCCGCAGGAGGCGCUCCCGCACCCCAUCUCCCCUUAGGAGAAAGCGUUCUUCCUCUGCUGCUCACAAAAGGCGCUCCCAUUCUACCUCAGUAACACGCAAAAGACAUUCUCGAUCAUCAUCUGCUUCCAGAAAAAGGAGAUCCAGAUCCUCAUCUACUUCUCACAAAAGGCAUUCCCGAACGCCAUCUAUUGCCUGCAAAAGAAGGUCAGAGUCAAAAUCUCCAACCCCAAAAUCACCGAAAAACAAACAGCGAGCUCAGUCAAAAUCUGAUCGAUCUCGGAGUCGCUCUCAAAGUAACAUAAUCCGUAAAAGGAAAACACGCUCACGAUCUUCCUCAAGAGACAAAGGUAAAUCAAAUGAAAAAAGACGGAAAAGGUCUAGCUCUAAAGAACAUUAUAGCAUCAAACAGAGAAGGAAAAGUCGAACCCCUCCAAGAAGGAAAAAAUCAAGAUCUCCUGCAAGAAGAAUAAGCCCAUGCAGGUCCCCUGUUAGAAGGCGACGUUCAAGAUCACCAGUAAGGAGAAAAAGCUUUAGCAGGUCACCUGUUCGUAGAAAACGAUCAAGAUCUAGAGACCAAUCAAUGGACUGUGUCAGAUCACCAAAACGUCUCACAGAUCUUGACAAAGCUCAGCUUCUGGAAAUAGCCAAAGCUAAUGCAGCUGCGAUGUGUGCUAAGGCCGGUGUGCCCUUACCACCAAGCUUGAAGCCAGUAUUGGCACCCUCUGCACCUGUAGAUGAGAAGAUUACCCACAGGACAUAUGGCGUUACAAUUCAAGAACUCACAGAGAAAUGUAAGCAAAUUGCUCAGAGCAAAGAAGAUGAUGAGGUUGUGAAUAAGCCCCAUGAUUCUGAUGAAGAGGAAGAUGACAAACCUUUUUAUAAUCAUCCUUUUAAAGUCAGUGAACAUAAACCAAUUUCCUUUAGCUUACUGAAUCCCAGCUUGAAGCCAGCUCCGAAAAAUCAGGUAACUUUGACCAAGGAGUUUCCAGUAUCCUCAGGAUCUCAGCACAGGAAAAAGGAGUCCGAUAAAGUGUAUGGUGAAUGGGUUCCCGUGGAUAAAAAGACCGAGGAGAUCAAGGAUGAUGUUUUCACCAACACAGGUCCCUCUCAG